ACGUGCGGCAUCGUUGCCACGUGCUGCGCAGGAGCCAAUGGUUGCGAUGACCUUGGGAAGUUAAGGCUGGAGGUCUCUGCCCAGAAGCCCCACAUUGCGUUAAUUUUUUUUCCGAUCGAGGGCGAGAGCAAGAGCCCAGGCAACUUUCGGGAAUGGCCUCGACUCCUCUCCUAGCCACGCUGUUGGCCCUCGCGUCUGCUCUGGGCUGCUGCUGGGCAGUCGACUGCCAAGUGGACAGCAUUCCUGUGAUGAAGGACUUUGAUAAAGCCAGGUUUGCAGGACAGUGGUUCGCCGUGGCCAAGAAGAACCCAGACGGCGUCUUCCUCCAGGACAACAUCCACGCCAAGUUCACCGUCAAGGAUGGGUGCAUGAUGGCCUCUGCCCGUGGGCGCGUCACCAUAUUUAGCCACUGGGUGAUAUGCGCCGACAUGGUGGGCACGUUCACCGACACCGACAACCCGGCCAAGUUGAAGCUCAAGUACUGGGGGCUUGCCAACUACCUCGCCACAGGACAAGACGACUUCUGGGUGGUGGACACGGACUACGACUCGUACGCCAUCAUGUACUCGUGCCGCGAGCGUGCGGACGACGGGACGUGCGCCAACAACUACUCCAUCGUGUUCCUGCGUCAGCUCAAGGGCAUGACCCCGAGCAUGCAGCGCAGCAUCCGCCUCAAGCAGGAGUCGCUGUGCCUGGCGGGGAAGUACCACAUCGUGGAGCACUCGAAUCUGUGUCCUUAAUCAGGAAUGGAUGUGGAUUGAUUGUGAGUGAAUUUCCCCAUUUUGAAACCACAACGCUGUUCAUUGUAUUUGAAUUCGGUAAAGAGCACAUCCAUAUGCGUAACGUGAGUUUAAAAAAAUAAACAACCCAAUGUAUUCUUCUAUACCGCUGUAAUAAUUUGUUCGCACAGCUGUCUGUUUGACAUGCUUCACACUGCAUUAUACUGAUAGUUUUGAUUAUUCUAUGCUAAUGACAAGUGUAUCGUAUGUCAUGUUCUUAUUUUAGCUAUGGACUUUAAUAACUGUUAUAUAAACGAAGCAUUUGUAGAUUGUAAUUCCGCAUACGAUUAGUUUGUAAUUGUGAAAAUAUUGCAAUUCAUGAAACAAUAAAACCAAUGACAAAAUUCAA